AAAUGUUAUCAAUGAGAUCCCACCUGAGGAGAAUUCAAAUUCUCAGCAACCAAGUCAUUCGUAAUUUCACUUCCGGUACAGCUCCAGGCUCUGACCACCAAUAUGAAGUUGAAAAGCACACUCCAGACUCAAGCCUGGAUGAGAAGUAUCCAGAGGACCCUGGAAACCACAUUUGUCUGUGGCCAAAGGACGAACACAAGUACACUCUGGUGUGGCUGCACGGGCUGGGAGACAGCGCAGCAGGGUUCUACGACCUGUUCAAUUCGGAUUACUACAAGAUGGCACCGAAGAACACAGCAGUCAUUUUGAUGAACGCUCCAAUCAGAGCAGUCACUCUCAAUGGAGGCAUGAGAAUGACAAGUUGGUACGACAUUGAAGGAAUUGGAUUCGAUGAAGAAACAGGAAGCAAGAGUAUCAAUCUUGAAGAACUUGAAGAGAGUACCCAGCUCGUCUUCAGAAUCAUGGAGCAAUACUCAGAUAAAAUUGACAAUGAUUACUCUAAAUAUAUCGUUGGAGGAUUUUCUCAAGGAUGUUGUCUCGCAUACAAUACAUUCUUUAGACUAGACAAGACAAUCAAAGGAUUGGUAGCUGUUAGUGGGCAUACUCCUCCAGUAGUGGGAUUAGAUUUCUCAGAAGAGCAGAAAAAGAUUCCAAUCUUUGCAUAUCAUGGUGCUAAUGAUCCAACAGUGCCUGAAAUGAUUCAUAGAAUGGGAGUCAAGGCUCUUAAAGAUAAAGGUUUAGAUAUCUCAUACAAGGUUGAGCCAGGCCUAGUACACUCAGUUAGUGUUCAGGAAAUUUCAGAAGUAAAGAAAUUUUUGGAAGGAAUCACUGAAUAAUCUUUAAUGCAGUUGGAACCCCUUGUCUUGAAA